AUGCAGAAAAAGAAGAAUGAAGAUGUUGAUUAUGAAGUAACGGAAGAAGAGGAAAGAGAACGAGAAGAAAAGGAAGCGAGUGAUGAUGAAAGAUCAGCAGAAAAGGAGAAUGAAGAUGAAGAUUAUGAAGGAGACACUGAAAAGAGAUCUAGUGCUAGGAAGGAACAGGUACAAGAAGAUGAGGUCUCCUCUCCACCUACAGGCACCAAAGCAGGUGGAGAGCUUGAGAAAACUCCUCAAAUUGUCCCUACUACUAGUAAUGGCAUUAAUAGAUCUCCUGCAGACAUUGAAGAUGUUUUCGCAUCUCAUUUCCCUAAAGUUGAUGCAGAAACUCCCAGUCAGGGUGCAAAACAAACUGCCCUCGAUCAAGUUGAUGUUCCCUCAUUUCUGAAUACUCCACAGACUCACUUUGCUGAAGUUAGUACUCAAACAGAACCUAAGGCAAACUAUCCAAGGAUAGUAGAGCUCUUUAUGGAGUGA